AUGUCGGCUGCACCCAGGAAUGCCCGCACUGUUGCCAGUGCCCCAAGACUGCGGCCAGGUGCCAGCCCGCCCCCCAAAAAGAUCGCUGCAGGCGCCACGGGCAGAGUGAGAAACGGCGCAAACACCCAGCAGCUGCAGGGGCAAAAACGGCCCGGGGAUCCCGCCGCAGCCUGCGCAGCCAUCGCGGUCAUGGGCGCGCGGCGCCCCCCUUUCCAAGUCCGCGUGGGGAGCCACGCGGCGGGGAGGAAGCCGGUGGCCGCCCGGCGGGAUUCCGCAAGGUUGCGGCGGAAGCGCUGGUGGUGGCGAGCCCGGGAGGCAGCCUCCAGAGGCCCGCUACCAGCCCCGAAGCCGCCGGCGCCCGCCGCGUCCCUGGGCGAGAUGGACCUGGGCGCGCAGCGGGAGCGCUGGGAGACGUUCAGGAAGCGGCGGGGACUCAGCUGCGAGGGCGCCGCCAAGUUCCUGCUGGACACCUUCGAGUACCCCGGCUUGGUGUACCACACCGGCGGCUGCCACUGCGGCGCGGUCCGCUUCGCCGUCUGGGCCCCCGCAGACCUGCGCGUGGUGGAUUGCAGCUGCAGGCUGUGCAGGAAGAAGCAGCACCGGCACUUUCUCGUCCCGGCCUCGCGCUUCACUCUCCUGCUGGGCGCCGAGAGCAUCGUCACGUACCGAUCCCACACGCACCCAGCGCUGCACAGCUUCUGCAGCAGGUGCGGGGUGCAGAGUUUCCACGCGUCUGUCUCUGACCCCGGGGUUUACGGCGUCGCCCCGCACUGCCUGGACGCGGGCACCGUGCGCAGUGUGGUCAUCGAGGAGGUCGACGGUGGCAACUGGGGAGAGGAGGCCACGAAGGAGCUCAAGGCCAUCCAGAACGCGUCUGCGGAGUGAGCCCCUGCCUCUCCUGAAGAGGAGCAGUGACUGGGGCCGCCACCCGCCUGAAACGUGCCCGGUGCCCUUCGAGGGGGCCACCUCAGUGCUUGUGAAGGAAUUACUGUAUGAAAGAGGUCGGUUUCUGGACUGGGGAACCCGUGAUGUCGCGCCAAGCUUCCACCCCUUCCCUCUCAGUGUGUUUCAACGGACUUGCUUAUAAUCAAAAAACUGAGCACACAUGUGUCUGUGAACAGCCCUAAUCUUUCAAUCCAGUCAGCAAGCAGUGUCUCUACCUUUGCAGGUCGCCUUGCAUAACACUCAGUUGUAUUAUUCUUCCUACAGUUUUCACAGAUCAUUUUCAGAUUAUUCAUAUGUACUGUACCGUUAUGGUGCUAUUGUGAGCAAGAUUGUUUUUAAUGGUCGCAUCUGGCAUGUAAGACCACUCACUAUAUCUAAACACUUUUGUAGACCUUUACGAGGAUGUUUUCUGUUGAUUAUCUGUGUGCCUGUGUGUGUUAGGUAUGCCCUCACGUUUUCGCUACUUAGGGAUGUGCGUUAUUUUCGGUCACAGUGUUUAUUUAAUGUAUUUGUAUAUAGUAGGUUUAAGGUUCAUUAGUGUUACAUACCUCAUUGCACCUAUGUUUUCAAAUGAUGUUGCCAUUUUGCUUGGUUUUGUUUUAGAAACUGCCUCUGGG